AUGUCCACUGAUUCUGUUGUUAAAGCUUCUAACUGGAGAUUGGUCGAAGUUGGCCGUGUUGUUUUGGUUAAACAAGGCCAAUCCGCCGGCAAGUUGGCCACUAUUGUUGAAAUCAUUGACCAAAAGAGAGCUUUGAUUGAUGGUCCAACCACUGGUGUCCCAAGACAAGCUAUCAACUUAGGUCAAGUCGUUUUGACUCCAUUGACCUUUGCUGUUCCAAGAGGUGCUAAGUCUGCUACUGUUUCAAAGAAGUGGGCUGCUGCUGGUGUCUCUGAAAAAUGGGCUACUUCUUCCUGGGCUAAGAAGAUCGCUCAAAGAGAAAGACGUGCUGCUUUGUCUGACUUCGAAAGAUUCCAAGUUUUGGUUUUGAAGAAGCAAAAGAGAUACGCUGUUAAGAAGGCUGUUGCCAAGGCUUAA